GCCACACAUCGCCGUCCACAACCCCCGCAACCAUGAGGGCAGCUUCAAGACUCUUCGCCGCCGUCAAGCCCGGCCAGUUCCUCGAGGCCGGCGCCCCCACCGGUCUCACAGGCCUCGCUACACACCCGUCCCCGCGCUCGACACUGCUCCACCACUACAACGGCACCCUCACCAAGCUCCAGCAGAUCCCCGAGUCCUCCGUAUACCGCCAGUCCACCGAAGCUCUCACCCGCCACCGUCUGAGGAUCAUCGAGGAGUCGAAGCCAAAGGGCUGGGAUGCAUGGCAGGAGAAGAUCCUCUCGCAGAUCGCUGAGGACCCGGAGCACUUCCACACCAUCCGGAGUCACGGCGGCAUUUCUGUCGUCCUUCCCAAGGUGCAGAAUGUCGACUACGGUCAGAACCGCAAAGCCGAGUGGGAUGGAGAGGUCGCGCCAUCCUUCCCUGAGGGCAUCAGGUCACAGAAGGAGCGCAGGAAGGAUGUCAAGGCCAUGAAGGGCGACGUGGAUUACAAGCCUGAACGCACUUUUUCGCCGACUGUCUUUGCUGCUGAGCCGCAGUACACUAUCGAGGCUAUCUCUGACUUGGAGAGCAAGAUCGGUGCUGGACUGAUCGAGGAGGUUAUCCAGGUCGCUGAGGCUGAGCACCAGCUUGUUGAGGAGAUGGUCAAGAGCAGGGUCUGGGAACCGCUCGAGGAGCCCGCUCCUGAGGGCCAGUGGUCGUACGCUGAGCGUGGAACCCACACCGGCACCACUCAGAAGCCGUAGAAAAGAGUACGAAGCGAAGAUGUAAAUAGUAGGCAGGCUUGUACCAAUUAAGAGUUUGAUUCCCCC